GUGUGGGCAGCGUAUGCGCGGAGCAUGCGCAGCUUCAUACGAGCAACGUCGCCUGACGCCAGUCUGUCCGAGAUUCAAGUAACGGAAAGAUCGGUUCCUCUGGUCCAGCGCGGUCCGCGUUCGCGUCUCGUAUCCUUUUCCUUCUAAUGCGUGAUCCUCACGAUAUAUCUGUGGAUUGGAUCGCGUUACGCGGCCACCACGUGACAGAGGAAUCGUUGUAUCAGUCCGGAAAGUGUGAAGUGCGUGAAAAAAGUGUUCUCGGUCCAGUGUUGUCGCGUGUGUCGUUCCGAGGCCAAUUCUGAUCAGAUUGAGAGGGUUGCGUGUAUCUGUGCGAUAUAAUUCUCCUGUAGUUGGUCACUGGAAACAAGGAACGCAUUUCUCUACCACGGAAAAGCAUUUUUUUUCUAUAACCUUUGUGAUUUUACUUUGAACCGAUCCAUUAACGGAGUGAGGAUAAGCUGAACAGUGUAAGAAGUCACCUAUCGUUGUUAGUUUGUUGAAUAGGAUAUAAUCGAGCGACACGCAGUGUAACAGUGAUUCGAUGUGGAUUUUUUGUCGGUCUCGAAUGAUCGAUCGGAGUUCCUGUCUUUAGAUGGUGGCUCGUCGAAAUUGCUCGGAUUAUCGAUAUGUUCGUAUUAGGUACUGAUUCUCUGGAAUAAUAACGUUUCGUUUUAUUCGAAAUUCUCUCGAAACGUGUCUACACAAUUUUCUGGAAACGGUGUAUAUACGAGAAGCAAUAAAAAAAUGUCCGCGUAAUAACGGAAGAAGAAAAUUUGAAAAGCUUUGGUUCGUCCAAAGAGUAAAAAAAGAAAAUAAAGAACAGUGGUAAAACGGUGGACGUAAUUCGACGGCAUCCGGUGCCUUCUUUUCUCUAUCCGCUCCGACGAGCCGGGUCGUAAGGAUGAAGCGAACCGGUAAACAUCGGAGCCAUGGCUUUCUCUUGGGCAUCAUUAGGGCGGGCGCUUUUUAUUUGUACCGCCAUAUUAAACAUGCUAUCAGAAACGAGAUCGUUUUUUUAUAACUUCGACGAUAUUUUCAAAAUGAUUCCAACCAUUCCUUGGGCUUUUACAAAACGAUCAAUUUUACCUUUCCAAACUUGAUCCAAUCAUAUUUUUACAUCGAAAAAAUUGGAAUAUAAUAUGCCAUCGAAAACAUCGUACGAGAAAUAAACGGAGAAGCAUACUGCGCAAUAUUUAUGUUUCAUAACAUUCGCUUGGGAAAUGUCUACGUCCGCAUGUUGACUACUCGCAGGAAGGUAAUCAGCGAGUUUUCCAAGAAAGGUGGAUAAACAUUGUUUUGAACGUAAAAAGGAACUUGGUUUACAUAGCAAACUCGUUCAACUCUCGCCGAUAAUAACAUCCAACGGUAUCUCUAGAAUAAUAAAGAUGACGUAAAUGUAUUCGUACGAGAAUUCGAGCGUCAUCGUGUUGAAACGGACCCUUCGGGCAGUCAUUUUGGAAUAUUGUGAAGCUCGUUUCGAGGCCGAUCGUCUACUGAUGCAUCCUGGACGCGCACCAGGUCCUCGUGGCGACGAGGUGGGCACGAUCGCGCGCGUUCCAGCCUCCGGGGGCGGGUAGAAGUGUACGAAGGGGGAAAUGAAAUCUUUGGUCGGAUUCGAGUGAUCGCGAAAGGAAGCAGGCGUGGAGACGGGGUUUCAAGGGCGCGAACGAAGAUGACGUCGUCGAUCCUGGCGCUGCUCGGCCUAAUCCUGGCGACCGCCAGCGCCGAGCUAAGCUCAAGGAUCGUCAGGACAAAGUACGGGGAUCUAUCAGGCGUUAUCGUGACCCUCGAUCGGCACCUCGAGGGCGUCGAGGUGUUUCGUGGCGUUCCGUACGCGUCGCCGCCGAUCGGCUCGUUGCGUUUCAUGCCUCCCGUGAGCAGCGCGUUGUGGCACGGCGUUAAAGUGGCGGACAAAUUCGGACCGGUCUGUCCCCAAAGGCUACCCGAGCUCAGUGACAAAAUGCCGAAAGGAAGGGUCGAGUAUUUGAGGAGAUUGCUGCCCUACCUAAGGAACCAGAGCGAGGAUUGCUUAUACUUAAACGUCUACGCACCGGUCCAAGCUGGCGCGAGGGACGGUGGAGGAAGGAGAUACCCGGUGAUCGUGUUCGUGCACGGGGAGAGCUAUGAAUGGAGCAGCGGCAACCCUUAUGACGGCAGCGUAUUGGCGAGUUACGGGGGUGUCGUCGUCGUCACCAUAAAUUACAGACUCGGCAUUUUAGGCUUUCUAAACGCUAACACGGAUUCGCACUUACGCUCGCCGGCGAAUUACGGUCUGAUGGAUCAAAUCGCGGCGCUCCAUUGGGUGCAGGAGAACAUCGGCAACUUCGGCGGCGAUCCUAGGAACGUGACGUUGAUUGGACACGGUACAGGGGCAGCCUGCGUUAAUUUCUUGAUGACCAGCCACGCGGUGCCAGACGGUCUGUUGUUUCAUCGCAGCGUUCUAAUGUCUGGCAGCGCGCUUUCACCGUGGGCGCUCGUGAGAGGAGCCGCAAAUUACGCUCUGCAAGUUGCCAAACAUCUAAAUUGCUCGUGGGCCGCAAGUGAUUCUCAAGCGUUGCUCAGGUGUCUGAGAGAGGUGCCAUUGAACGCGCUGGUUUCCGUACCCGUGAAAGGAUUGGAAUUCGCGCCCGCCUUUGGACCCAGCGUGGACGGAGUUGUGAUUGAUCCAGGGGAUCCCGAGGAUCAAGACUUCACCCUGCAAGUGGACACGAUCAAUACGUUGAACAACAUUUUACUGCGGAAGGACGUCGUAGCGAAACUCUCGAGGUACGAUUUGAUGAUUGGCGUGGUCCGGUCGGAGGCGUAUUUCGCUUUAACAGCGGAUGACGCGCAAUACGGGAUCGAGGCUGAUAGAAGAACGAAAAUCCUGAGGGAAUUCGUGCGUAACACGUACACGUAUCAUCAAGCGGAGAUCUUGGCGACGAUAAUCAACGAGUACACCGACUGGGAACGGCCUGUUCAACAUCCGGUCAACAUAAAGGACGAGACGUUGGAAGCCUUGGGGGAUGCGAACACCGUGGCACCGGCUACGAGAACGGCAGACCUUCACAGCCAAUCCCGUCGAAACUCGUAUUUGUACGUAUUCGACUAUCAGUCGAAGUUCGGCGACUAUCCUCAGAAACCAGGCUGCAUCCACGGGGAGGAUCUUCCGUAUUUUUUCGGGGCGCCGUUGGUAGGCGGCCUGUCUCAUUGGCCGAAGAACUACACGAGGGCGGAGAUGGCUCUAUCGGAGAGCGUGAUACUCUACCUGACGAAUUUCGCGCGCACAGGGAAUCCGAACGAGGGAACGCCGGACGUCGGACCGAUGAGACCCGAGAGAACGAAGUUGAAGAACAUCGAUUGGAUCGCUUACGAGACGGUGCACAAAAAGUAUCUGAGCAUAGAGCUCAAGUCGAAACUGAAGAACCACUACAGGGCGCACAGACUCUCGUUUUGGUUGAACCUGGUCCCCGACCUCCAUAAGCCUGGCUCCGACGACGUUCCUAGAUCGCAUCAUCUUCUCGACACUGAACAGGUGCCGCCCAGGUUCAUCCAGAGGGUGCCAACGACGACCAGGAUGACAACGGCGGAAGUGACCCUGGCCGAACGAGCUCACAACUUCUCGACAGCGACGCCCAGCGAAUUAACGUUCGAGGACUCGACGGUCCAGCCGGAGGACGGUUUCGCCGCCUACUCGACGGCCCUCAGCGUGACGAUAGCGAUCGGUUGCAGCCUGCUCAUUCUCAACGUGCUGAUUUUCGCCGGCGUCUAUUACCAACGCGACAAGAGCAACCAGCACAAUUGUUCGAAGAAGCGUCAAGAGAACGGGCAGAUGCCGAACAACAUUUGCGGCGAUCUCGAUACGAAGACGGCCGAGAGGCAUCACAUCCAGCACAUCCCGCCGCCCGAAUUCGCCGAUCUGCAGAACAAUACGUGCCACGUGCCCAUGCCACCCCCGCCGCCCAAGAACACGAAACCGGGCAAGCCGGGGCAAAACCUCAUCAUAAGCCCCAACCAAUUGCAACAGGAGAGCAUGGCGAUGAGCGGUGGCGGGACGGGGACGUUGAAGAAGGGGCACAAUCAUCAACAGCAGGUGAUGGACGAGUUGAGGGUUUGACUCCACGAGCACCUCGUGAGUGCGGCUGAACUCUUACGAACGAUUCACGAUUCCCGUCGAGUUUCGGAUUGGUUUCCAACGAGGUGCUCCUUGCAUUCUCGGAUGCACCGUUUGCUCAUGAAUUCGAAGGGGUUGAACGUGAUCACUAGGCGUUUGAAGGAAAGCUUGUUCUGAAGCCUUGUCGACGGAGUUAACGAAGAAUAAGAAUACAUCGAAAAUACAUCGCCGCGAUAGUUGUGGGUUUCGAUUCCUACGAUUCUAUGCGACGAGGAACAGAGGCGAAUGGACGAAGUCGAGUACGAUGUUCGUUGGCGAUUGGCCGAUCCGAAUCCUUUCGAUGAAAUCGUUCUAAAUCUAAAAUCUCGCGAGUGUACAAUAGAGAGACAACACGUGUGAAAGCGUUAUCCGACCCGUUAUCCUUUUUCUACUUCUAUUCCGCGAAACAAAGAGAAGAGAAACGCGUACGACCAACUGCCGAAAAAUCGCAUAGUCUUCGAUAUUGUAAUAACGAUACCUUAAGUAGAGAUCUUUCGAUCCUCGAGGAAACGUUCGAGAAUCGUUUCCCGCCGAUCGUCCAACCUUUCGAAACGAUUAUUUCUCGAAUCAGCCUCUUUUUCUAACUAUUUACGAUCCAAAGAAUUUGUUCCUUCUUUCUCAUCAAGGAAUUGAACUUCAUCGAAUUUAUUCUGUUGAACCGAUCAACGAUAUCCAACUACGACCGAUGCGAUGAAAUAUGCAUUCCGUUUCCAACAUUUGCACCUCGAUGGAAAGAAUCCGCGUACGAGUCCCGGCCAACGUUGUUCUUUCAUUCAGAUCUAUUCUUUCGACACGGAGUCGAGGGUCGUUUCUCGUUCGCGUUUCCAUUGCGAAUUCCCACUCGGCCCAUUGACUCGUGCGUUUGAUUCAUUCCCUGUUAGAAGCGUUACAACUUCGAGUAAGAUCCGCUUGCAUCAUCGACGGCACUUCCAGCUGCCCACCGGACCUCCAUUCUUAUUUUCUUAAAUUAGUCGAGACACCUUCUCAGCAGAGAAAGAAGCAGAGCCUGUCGAGUCGAUCGCCCGAUCGUCUACGCUCUGUCACUGCCACGGGAAAUGAGCUCGUGUGGCGAAAUUCAAGGAGCUGGAAGUAGUGUCGAUCGGCCUAGAUGCUCAACAAAGGAUACAAGAGUUAAGAGAAACAAAAAGGGAGAAGAAAGGAACGAAGAUAAAGGGCCACGAUGACACGAUGCAACUGAGAUCUCGAAUACGGCGCCGUAAACUUCUUUUUUUACCAACCGAAAAUGGAAAGAAAUAAAGAUUGAAGAAAUCUUUCGCGAUCACCUCGCUCGAUUCGUCGUUAAAACUACGCAACAGCAUACUGCCAAAAAAAAAAAAAAUUGAGACGCGAGUCAAUACGAAAUGCGAAUGCUUUGAUCGUUUCGAAAAAAAGUGUGUACAGUCGCGGUUCGAACAGAAAUAAAAUGAGGAAACGUGUCGUUUUUAAUUCCAUUUUUUUUUUUUUCUACAACGCGAAACGUUCUAAGAAGCACGUGGACGUAUGAGAACAGGAUGGGUUUAGACUGUAAAUAAUAAUGAAUAAUUAAACUUUAGUGAUUCAUCGAGUCGUUUGUGGCGAAAAUUUUUUUUGCUGGUGUUUGAAACGACGAAAAAAAAACGAGAAAUCCGAUUGUAAUUGCACUUGUGUCGAGUAAGGAGAUGGUGUGUCAGCGUAGAAGCACUGUGGACGUAAUUUUAAAUUUGUAUAUAAUUGACAUUACAAUAAACUGUGUAAACAAUUA